AUGUAUUCGCUUCCCGAAAUCCCCUGUUCGCUACCCAAUAUCAAUAUUCCGGAAAAUUUGGAUAUCUCCAAAGUUACAAACAUCUUGGCCAAGCAGUUCCAAAACCUAGAUCAAGAUUGUUUUGUCGGCGAUGCCGUCUGGAGAGACACGUUUGCACUCACUGGAUCACUGCGUACAUUCAUCACGUCUGAAUCGGUCUCUACCGCUUGGAAAGCAACCACUACCAGAGCCAAGGCAUUGGCGCUUUCAGUAACCCCAGAUACUGCCAAAAUCACUCGUCUAACUGAAAAUAUCUCCUGGGUGGAUGUAGGUUUCUCUUUUCAAACGACCGGUCCACCUGAAACCACAUGCAGUGGGAACGCUUCUCUUAUUCCAGAUGCGCAAGGCAACUGGAAGAUUUGGGUCUUGUGCACGAUCCUCGAGCAAUUGAGCACCGAGAGUAAUGUUGAUUUGCUUCAUCCUUCGAAUAACAGCCCAUCGAUUGAGUUUUCCACAGGCUUCGACCCAACAAACUGCUACGAUUGCGUAGUGAUUGGUGGAGGACAAGCGGGGCUGAGCUGUGGUGGCCGCUUGCAGGCAUUGUCGAUGUCCUAUGUCGUUCUGGAUAAGAACAAUGAGGUCGGAGAUAGUUGGAAUAGUCGUUACGACUCUAUGAGAUUGCAUACGCCGAGAGAUUUUGCUCAUCUCCCUUUUGAUCGAACUUUUCCAGACUCUUAUCCAAAGUUCCUGACAAAGAAUGAGCUAGCCAAAGGGUACCAGGACUGGGUUGCAAGAUAUGGGAUUAACAUAUGGCAGCAGACUACAGUUCAUUCCGGAAAAUGGCAGCAAGAACAGGGUAUUUGGGAAUUGAACAUUCAGCGGGACCGAGAAGCUCAGACAAUCUUUGGUGCCCAUGUGAUACUAGCUAAUGGAGGGGGUCUGAUGCCGUCAUCUCCAACUUACGAUAACCAGGGGAGCUUUGAAGGUUCCAUUCUGCAUUCAUCUGAAUAUAGGUCAGCGUCAUCAUGGGCAGAUAAACAUGGGAUUGUGGUUGGCACAGCGAAUACGGGGCAUGACAUUGCAGAAGAUAUGCUAGCCGCAGGUCUGGCAUCUGUGACGAUGGUGCAGCGAUCUCCGACCUAUGUUGUUCCAGUAGAACAUGUUAGUGCGUUAAUGGACUCCUACUUCAAUUCUUCGAUUUCAACCGAUAUCGCCGAUCGGUUAUUUCACUCCAUGCCUCUUGCAGUGACCAGAUUGAUUUAUCAGAAACUCUUACACGGUAUGGCAAGUCAAGUAUCCCAACCAUUCGAUGAUCUGGAAGCCGCCGGUUUCAAGACCGAGAGAUAUGGAGAUUUGGUCUAUAGCAUGUACGAACGUUUCGGGGGGCAUUAUCUGGAUGUAGGCGCAUCGCGAAAGAUUGGUGCCGGCCAGAUCAAAGUGAAAUCAGACUCACUUCCAAUUGAGUAUACCAAAGAUGGUCUCAAAUGCAGUGACGGUUCUCAUCUGAAAGGAGAUAUCAUCGUUUUCGCGACUGGAUUCGUUCUUGACAUGCUGAAAGCAGUAGAAAAUAUUUUUGGACAGAAAAUUGCAUCUCAGGUCGAGGAGUUUUGGGGCCUGGAUGAAGAGGGUGAGAUCAAAGGUGCAUUCAAGCCUACAGGACAUCCCGCUCUAUGGUAUAUCGGCGGGGCAUGUAGCCAGGCUCGGUAUUACUCGCGAUUCAUAGCCCUGCAGGUGAAGGCCUCGAUCAUGGGAAUGCCCCUGCCUAUCUACGAGGAUAAAUUCCCACUCGAAAAGCAUACAACUUCCACUACCCUGGCUUAG